GCUUCCGAGACUGAGCUGAGAUGUUUGAAAGGUCGGACACUCUUGACCAUGAAAUAUGUUCUCCUCACGUGCCUUCCAAAGUUCUGUGCCCUAGAGUCAGGGAUUCCACUCUUCCUGGAGCUAAGCGUGGGGCCAGCUGAAUGUAGUGGCUUCGACUACAGGCCAUCGAAUGCUCUUUGCAGCUUGUUGCCGUUACUUUAAAGUGAAAUCAGACUCACACUCCGGUCUAGUUCCUGUGUUUUAAACUUUACACCAAACUUGGUAGUACUUAUGGAGGGAAAGGGUUACUCGCCUCUUUCCUCUUGCAGAGGAACUGAAAUGGGUUGAGACGGUGACUCAGUCAACGUUGUUUCCAUUCAUUCCCAGAGGCAGCCCUCCUGGGGGAAGGCUGAUAGGAGUUUAAAGGCUUGUGGUGGCCGGUGCACAAAGCGCUCCCGGCGCCAGCAGCGCCCCUUGCCUGUUGGAGACCACUUAGGUACCGAAGCGGACGGGGCGGCUGGAUUCAGGAAGCCAUGAAUCAUGUCACCAGGAGGCAGCUGCAGACUUUAAACUCUGUUCAGCAUGUGGAAGCGGCAGAGAAAUGACCUGUCCAGACAAGCCGGGGCAGCUCAUAAACUGGUUUGUCUGCUCCUUGUGCGCCCCACGAGUGUGUAAGCUCUGGAGCAGUCGGCGUCCCAGGACCAGACGGAACCUCCUGCUGGCCACUGCCUGCGCCAUCUACCUGGGCUUCCUGGUGAGCCAGGUGGGCAGGGGAUCCUUCCUGCACGGGCAGACAACUGACAGCGGGCCACCCCGCAGCGACCUCUCUAAGGUACCCUUCCCGGAGAUCCCCCUGGAUGGGACCCUGGCCCCUCCAGAAUUGCAGGGCAAUGGGAGUACGCUGCAGCCCAAUGUGGUGUACAUUACCCUACGCUCCAAGCGCAGCAAGCCAGCCAAUAUCCGCGGCACGGUGAAACCCAAGCGCAGGAAGAAGUAUGCAUCUCUAGUCCCUGCUCAGGAGGCGCUGGUUAAACCAUCCCUUACACUGCAGGAAGUUCCACGGGCAGCAGAUGCUGAAGUACCUGGCUAUGUUCCAGGUUACCUGACCAAGGCUGGAGAACGACCCUGGAGGGUCCUGCGUGGUCCUGGAGUCAGAGCCGGGGGUUCAAAUUUGCGGCAACCUAGAGUGCGAGAGAGCAACAUUAGGAUUUACAGCGAGAGCGCCCCCUCAUGGCUGAGCAAAGAUGACAUCCGCAGAAUGCGCCUGCUGGCUGAUGCUGAGGUGGUGAGCAUCCUGCCAGUGGUCUCUAAGAGUGGUGCCCGCUUGCUGGUGUUGGAAGGGAGCACCACAGGCUCUGAGUCUAGCUGCGGGCCUAGCCCCUGUGGACUACUCAAGCAGCCCCUGGACAUGAGUGAAGUGUUUGCCUUCCACCUGGACAGGAUCCUGGGUCUCAACAGGACCCUGCCAUCCGUGAGCAGAAAAUCAGAGUUCAUCCAAGAUGGCCAACCUCGUCCUUUCAUUCUCUGGGACUCCUCCCUAGCAUCUGCAAGCAACGAUAGCCAUUCUUCUGUGAAGGUCACCUGGGGAACUUAUCAGCAGUUGCUGAAACAGAAGUGCUGGCUGAAUGGCCGCAUUCCCAGACCUGAAUGGGGCUGCACAGGAAUCCAUCACCACGAGUGGUCCAAGAUGGCUCUCUUUGAUUUUUUGUUACAGAUUUAUAAUCGCUUAGAUACAAAGUGCUGUGGAUUCAGACCUCGCAAGGAAGACGCCUGUAUGCAGAAUGGACUAAGGCCAAACUGUGAUGACCAAAAUUCUGUGACUUUAGCACACAUUAUCCAGCGAAAGAAUGACCCCAGGCAUUUGGUCUUCAUAGACAAUAAGGGCUUCUUUGACAGAAGUGAAGACAACUUAAACUUCAAAUUGCUGGAAGGCGUCAGAGAGUUUCCCGAAUCGGCAGUUUCUGUGCUGAAGAGCCAGCACUUACGGCAGAAACUCCUUCAGUCUCUGUUCCUUGAUCGGGUUUACUGGGAAAGUCAAGGAGGCAGGCAAGGCAUGGAGAAGCUUAUCGACGUGAUCGAGCAGAGAGCCAGAAUCCUUCUCACUUACAUCAAUGCACACGGGGCCAGAGUUGUGCCUAUGAACGACUGACAAGGGCUUUCUGCCUUGCGGGCUGAUUAGUGUGACAUUUACUUUUUCUUAAAUAAAGGAUAUUCACCUCAUGUGUUGCUAGGAGUGAGGUAGCAGACUGGAAACAGGAAACGGUCCCAGUACGUAUCAUGGACCAAGUUAAAAAGUUCUCUAGAUUUGAGAAGUAUGCAGAUUCAGGAAGUUUUGGAAUAACAUAUCAACUGCAAAAUGCCUGAUUUUUUUUUUUUUUCUUUUGCCUAAAACUCUGGCUUGUGUGUGUCUCAGCAUGGCUAUUCCACGGUGACUAUUACUGAUAUUUAAACCAUUCUCAUGCCAUUUGCCUGAGCUGACCAACGGCUGGUAGAGAGUUGACUGACAUUCUCCUUUGCCGAUUGUCACCACACCCUUCUCAACCCUCCGCGGAGGCAAUUUGACACCAGGAAAUUGAGGCGAGCGAUCUGCAAAAGCAGCAAUCCUAAAACACCUUCCAAGUAGACAUGGUAGUGGGUUUACUACAAAUGUGCAGUAUAUUCUGUGGAGUCUAAAAACAACCAGCUAUAUCUGAUCAACAAAAAGCCUACAUCCAUCCCUGUUAAGAAAUUCACUGCCGGCCUAGAAAGAUCCCUGCACAACAAUUUGCAUUGGUUUACUUUGCUGUCUCAGUUUUGAUCCAAUUUGUGCCUGGUGGAUAGGAAACUAAAAAGUUAUGAGACAGGAUAUUACCUAUUUGAAAGUUUAUUUGUAAAGUCUCUUAAUGUUCCUAUUGGUUAGCUGGAUUUUAAAGAAAAUGUUAAGGUCUCAUUUUGUCCAGGCUGGCUUUGAAGUCCUUAUGCAUCCGAGGAUGACCUUGGUCUUCUGAUGUGCUGUCUCUCAAUUGUUGGGACCUGUUACACACCUGUAAAGGUGUGUAAAACCAUGCUCAGCAUCAAACUUGGGGCUUCAGUCAUGCUAGAAAGGCACUGCAUGACUCCCAUAACCCCAGCCCACUUUAAUGAAUGUUUAACAUUUGUCAUUUUAUAAAGGGUAUGCUGUAAUUUCUAUAGUUUUUCAAAUUUCUCUGUGUAGUUAGGUUUUAUCUAAUUUAGCUGAUGUUAUCUAGGUAUUGGUCUACAUAGUGAUAUCCUUCUGAAAUGUGCCCCCCCUUUACAAAAGCAGAUUGACUGACUUCCCUUUCCCCUUUGGAAAAUUAAAAAUAAAAAGCUACAAAUUUUUA